AAGCAUAUUUUUAUGAUGAUCGCUACAGAUAGUUAUAACAUUUCUUUUUCCUAUUUCAGGGAGGGCACUCUCAUGAUAAAUGAUGAGAUAGUCAACGUGAAUGGCCGACGACUUCGAGGUCUGACAAUGUCAGGAGCAAGGGAGGUGUUGCUGAGCGGACCGAGUGAGGUGGACAUUGUCAUCUCCCGUGGUAGUGACCCCACCACUCCCAUUCCCCACCGCUCCUCCAUGCCUGAGAGCUCUGUGGACUAUGAGAAUGUGGUGAUCCUCCCCCAGGAGCGAACCAACAUCAAGCGGUCGGUAUUCCUGAGUCAGCUGCUGGCGGAGGAGGACUCCUCCCCACCCAGGGAUGUAGGGGAUAAUACACCCAUGUCAGAGAAGAUCAUAAGGAAACGCCAUUACCAGAAGAAUAGCAACAGUAUAAACAACAAACUGCUGAGGAAAGCUAUUGCCAGCUACUCCGGAAGUAAGGUGAACGUUAAGGACGCUAAGAGUGAGAGUGUCUCUGAUGACAGUUCUGCGGAACAGUUCGACAUCGACACGACUGCCAAUUUCUGCACUCUGCCAAGAAGGCCGAGGUCUACUAUGUGCUCAUUCCACACAUUCAUAUAUGAGAAAGGUCCUGGAAAGAAAAGUUUAGGGUUUACAAUAGUUGGGGGCAAGGAUUCCCCAAGAGGACCUUUGGGGAUCUUCAUCAAGAGUGUUUUAGAUAAUGGCCAAGCAGCUGAGGAUGGCCGCUUGAGAGAAGGUGAUGAGGUGUUGGCAGUGAAUGGCCAUGUCUGCCAUGACUUGACUCAUGCUGAUGCUGUAGCAUUGUUCAAAAGUAUUCGAGCAGGUCCUGUAGCUCUCCACGUUUGUCGCAGAACUAGAGUUAAAACAGACAAGGCUAAAUCCUGCACUGACUUAGCGCUAAGCUCAACCAGCUGAGGGUUGGCCAUUUACUUUGACGACAACCUGUACUAGUCAUUCUGUCCAUUGUUACUUCUUGUGUAUAUAACCUUCGCUGUUACUUGUUCCUGGGUCACCAAAGUAACUUGUAUUGCCGUAUUGUAUAUAUUAAGUGUUCAAAUAUGUUUAUAAAUCAUGUGUUACUAGAA